UUCAUAGCUCUUGAGAUAAUUGAAGCUUAUCCCGAAUUAGAAAGAGAAAAUUCCCCACACGUCUCUACUGCACAAAAGCCUUGGCAUUCGGCAUUCUGUUCUUCGUUCUCUGAUGUCUAAUUACACUUUCCAUUUCAAUUCUCAGAAUUCUUCAUUGAUCCUUACAAUUCCUCAAUAAUCAUGCCUCACUUUCGCUCAAUCUUCUCCAAAUUUAAGUCUCCCAACAAAUCCCUUUCUGCUUUUACAUCGUCUUCUUCCCUUCAUUACCUGCGCGCCAAUGCCUCAACUUCUGGAUCUCAUUUCUCUUCUUUGAUCUCCGAUUUCGUUCAAAAACAACCAAAUAACGCAAAUCUCUCAAAAUUUCCAUCUGGGAAUUGGCUGAAAUACUUUAGUUUAAGAGGUUACAGCAGAGGCACGGUUCGGAGUUGCGUGGAUUUGGUUAGGAGAUUCAGUAGUGAGGCGGAACGAGAGUCUAUAGAAUAUGAUGUUGUUAUCAUUGGAGCCGGACCUGCUGGGCUAUCGGCGGCGAUUCGGUUGAAGCAAAUGUGUCGAGAGAAGGGUGUUGAUUUAUCUGUUUGUGUAGUAGAGAAGGGCGCUGAAGUUGGCGCUCAUAUCCUCUCUGGAAAUGUUUUUGAACCCCGAGCAUUGGAUGAACUAAUCCCCACAUGGAAAGAAGAUGAGGCACCUAUCAGUGUCCCUGUAACUUCUGAUAAGUUUCAGUUUCUAACAAAAAAUCGUGCCUUUUCACUUCCUUCCCCGUUUAAUAAUGAAGGAAACUUUGUGAUAAGUUUAAGUCAGUUAGUUCGCUGGAUGGGAAUGAAAGCUGAAGAGUUGGGGGUAGAAAUAUAUCCAGGAUUUGCUGCUAAAGAGGUAUUAUAUGAUACAACAGAUACAGUUGUUGGCAUUAGAACUAAUGACAUGGGAGUAGCAAAAGAUGGCUCAAAGAAGGAUAAUUUUCAACUUGGUGUAGAUUUGAGAGGGCGCAUAACGCUUCUGGCUGAGGGAUGCCGAGGAUCAAUAUCAGAGAAAUUAAUUAAAAAAUACAGUUUGAGGGAGAAAGUAAACGCCCAGCAUCAGACGUAUGCUUUGGGAAUCAAAGAGGUGUGGGAAAUAGACGAGGACAAACAUGAUCCAGGAGCUGUGCUUCAUACUUUGGGUUGGCCCUUGAAUCAUAAGACGUAUGGAGGCUCGUUUUUGUACCACAUGAAGGAUAGACAGAUUUCUAUCGGCCUUGUAGUUGCUCUAAAUUAUCAGAAUCCUUUCUUGAAUCCUUAUGAAGAAUUUCAGAAAUUAAAACAUCAUCCUGUCAUCAAAGAACUUCUAGAAGGUGGGACAGUUGUGCAAUAUGGGGCUCGAACGUUAAAUGAAGGCGGUCUUCAGUCUGUUCCAUAUCCAGUUUUCCCGGGAGGAGCAAUUAUUGGAUGUUCAGCUGGCUUUUUAAAUGUACCAAAGAUUAAGGGAACACACACUGCAAUGAAGUCGGGAAUGCUGGCAGCUGAGGCUGCAUUUGACACUCUUCAUGGAGGCUUGAAAAUGGAUGUGUACUGGGAUAGUUUGCGAGGUUCCUGGAUAUGGGAAGAACUAUAUCGAGCUCGGAACUAUCGACCUGCAUUCGAGCAUGGUCUUAUCCCGGGCUUGACCCUAAGUGCCCUGGAGCACUAUGUGCUUAAAGGAAGGUCCCCUCUCACACUAAAGCAUGGGAAACCUGACCACCAAGCUACAGAUGUUGCAAGUUCACAUACUCCAAUCGAAUAUCCAAAGCAUGAUAAUCUUCUGUCAUUCGAUGUGCCGACCUCGCUACACAGGAGCAACACAAACCAUGAACAUGAUCAGCCAGCCCACCUUCGCUUAAGGGACCCUAAGAUUCCCGAGGAAGUAAAUUUGAAAGAAUACGCUGCACCCGAGUCAAGAUAUUGUCCCGCACGUGUAUACGAGUACAUACCUGAUGAAAACAACCAGAUGAAGUUGCAGAUUAAUGCUCAGAACUGUCUUCAUUGCAAGGCUUGUGAUAUUAAAGACCCGAAACAGAACAUCGAGUGGAGUGUCCCGGAGGGCGGUGGCGGUCCUGGCUACUCCGUCAUGUAAAAUGUAUAGAAUGGUGUGGAGAUUGUUCGAGAAUAAAUGAGCUUCUGUUCCAAAACUUUUGCUCAAAUCGAAGAACUUUCAUCUUUACUAAUAAACUAAAUGAUUCACUCACUUUUGAA